AUGAUGGAUGAAUACGAAAAAUAUGACAGCGGCUCUUUACUUAAUGAUCGAUACCUUAAAGUGGCAGAUAUAAGUGAAGGCUCGUAUGGUCUUGUUUCAGUUGCUAAAGAUACUUUAUCUGAUAAUAAAUUAGUUGCAGUUAAAUUUAUCUAUCCAGUUGAUUAUAAAAAAAAUGAAGCUCAAAAUCCUCAAACAACAAGAGCUAAAACUUUAGAUUCAAAAAGAGCCACCUCUUCUCCAGCAAAACUCAGAUCAAAUAUCAUAUCUGUAAAUGAUCAAAAGGAGGAGAAAAAACAACAAAUCCAAAGUAAAUCUUCAAUCUUGAGAGCCCUUUAUGAAGAAGCCUCAAAAGAAAUUAAAAUCCAUCAGAUUUUGGGCCAUCAUCCAAAUAUUAGUUCUCUUUAUGAUCAUUUUGAUUCAUGUUUGGUUUUAGAAUAUUGUGCUCGCGGGGAUUUAUACGAAGCCAUUCAAAACGGUAUCGGUCCCUCUUUAUCGAAAGAUAUAAAAGAGGUUUUCUUUCAAAUCUUGAAUGCUUUAGAAUACUGUCAUUCUCAUGGGGUUUAUCAUCGUGAUUUGAAACCGGAAAAUAUCUUGAUUUCUGAAGAUUGGUCAAUUAAACUUUGUGAUUGGGGGUUGGCUACUACGUCUCGUACAAUCACCAAUAAAAGUGAAUUUGAUAUCGGUUCGGAAAGAUAUAUGGCUCCUGAAUUAUUUGAUGUCAAAUCUGAAUUCUAUGACGCUUCAAAAAUUGAUUUAUGGUCCGUAGGUAUUAUCUUAUUAACCUUGGUUUUCCAUAAAAAUCCUUUCCAAGUAGCUAACGAUUCUGAUAAGAGAUUUUUACAAUUUGCUGCUAAUAGAGAGGCUUUAUUUGAUAUUUUUUCUACUAUGACUGGUGAGAUGUUUUCAGUUUUACGUUAUUGUUUAAAUAUUGAUCCAAAUAAUCGUGAUUUGUAUAAUCUUAAGUUCGAACUUAAUAGUUUAAAAUAUUUCACUUUUGAUGAGGAAGAUUGGGCAAGUGAUUAUGAUUAUGAUUUUGAUGAUGAAGCAAUCGAAAAUGAUUCAGAUGAACUUGAAAAUCAUUACAAUGAUUAUAAUGAUCAUUAUAAUGAAAACUACAAUGACGAAUUUGACUUGGAAUUGAAUCAUGAUGAUGAGUUUCAUUUCAAUACCGGCUCAGAUUCUUCCAUCAAUAAGAAAGAUGAUGAUUCUGGUGAUCGGGAUGUUAGCUCCCCUUCACCCGAAGUGGAUAUUCCUAAAAUCGAAGAUAAACCAUUACAAGAGUCAAUUGCAGUUACGCCAAAAUACAUUCCUCCUAAACAUCAUCACCAUCAUCACCAUCAUCACCAUCAUCACCAUCAAUCUCCUGAACCAACACCAAUCAUAACUACCACUGAUACCACCGAAUCAGAGAUUCAAGAUAGCAUUUCUGAAUUGCAAGAUAUUAAAGCGAAAAAACCAAGACCCAAAUCGGUUAGUCAUCUUACUACAAAUCCAAGAGCAGAUCUUUUGUUGGAUAUUCAUGAUGAUGAUAUUUCAAAUCAAAGAAUGCCUCAUAAUCCUCGUGCAGAUGCUUUACUUUCUUCAAAUGAAGACUUGAAGCCAAUUCCAAUGAAUAAUGGGGGUCUUAAGUUUAUUAGGAACACUCGUAAACCAUUUAAUGUUCCAUCUUAUAGCCAUUCUCGUAAGAUCAAUGGUUCCAGUAACCAUAAUAAUCGUGAUAAAUUUGCGAGAGAAGAUUUUUUCACUCCAAAGUCGAUGUUCAGUCAUUAUAUGGACAAGUACAAUCGAAGCUCAAGUUAUCGUGGUAAUUACCUGAGCUAUAAUAAUAAUAAUAAUAAUAAUAAUAAGUCCAAUACCCGUCAACAUCGCAGUGAUUGGAAGAAAAAUGGCCGUAAGCGCCAAUCAUGGAAAUAUAGAAAUAAUAAUGGUCAUUCAAAUAAUCAUCAUAAUAAGAAUCACCAAUCAAAUACUUCCAGAUCCAAAUCUCAACAUAACAAUAAAUCACGUCCUAAAUCAUCUGGAAAUUUCCGUUUGAACAACGAAGGUAUUAGUGGACAAAAGAAGAAACAAUCAUCACUGUUUUCGAGUAGUAAAUCAAGAAAACAUGUGGUUCAAAGUUUGAAUGGAAAUGCUACAAGUACGAAUAACCAUAAUCCAUUAUUAAAUAACUUUCAUACUUUGAAUCAUCCUAACAAUACAUCGAAUCAUGGCUCUCCAGGAACAUCCGUUGCCAGUGCUAAUGGGAAAUAUAUCCCACCAUAUUUGAGAUCACCUAAUUAUGCAAGAUCACCAGUAAUUGAACCAGUUACUGAAGAAAUUGAUAAUCUUACUUUAGAUUCGGGUAAUAAUAAGCCAUCAACACUUGAUGGAUAUGACGUGUUUCAUUUGGAAGAAGAUUUUGAUUUAGCAUUCAACCAUAAUAAUAGUAACGAAACUAAUAAAUCAUUAUCACUGGUUAAUACCAAUUCUACCUCUGUGAAUUCGUUCCCAACUGAUAAAAGACCACCAUCUUUUAAAGUUCCAACUUAUUCAUUAACAAGUUUAAGUUACGAUUUACAGAAGAUGCCCGGAGAAAAUGCAAUAGCUAAUGGGAAUACUCACCGUAAUGCCAAUGGCAGAAGACAUUCUAUCAAUAGAUUUAGUGACGUUCAUUCUGCAUUGUCUGGAAUGGGAAUAUCCAGCUCACCAAGUGGUAAGUACAUUCCACCAUUCAGAAGAGGAUCUCACUCAGCUGUCACCGGCAAUUCAGCUGCCGCAAUCAAUAUCAAGGGUAAGCCUACUGGGGAAAAACGCAGAUCUGGCUAUGAUUACGAUAAGACUCAUGGAUUUACAUUGAGUGGAGGUCCCGAUCAUAGUGAUAGUACCUUGAAUGAUUACAACACUGCCGACAAUAAUGACAAUAAGCAUUCCUACAAAGAUGUUUACCAGUAUAAUGAUCUUGAUAACAAUGAUCGUCAUGAACAAGAUCAUGGUUAUCAAUCCCAUUUUAACCAUCGUCAAUUUUUAAAUGAUUUGAAUGAAGGUAUGUCAAGUGAUGGUAUCACUUCGUCACUGGUGCCUUCUUACAAGACUGACUGGUUCCCCGUAAAGAAAGACUGGAUUGAUUAUGAUGAAUAGAGAGCAAGGCUUUUUUCCAGUUUUUCCCUUUUUUUUUUUUUUCUCUUUAU